AAGCUGCUGUCAGGGGGCUGCUCCUGACCUCUGCGCAGGGCUGGGGGCUUCAGCGACCUCUGUUCCAUGUGGAAUAACAGGGGAGAAGUUUGCUGCUUGGUGGGAAUCGCCCCAGGAAGCAGGUUUUGCCCUAAGCCCUUUCCUUCCUGUUUUUCAUCCAGCUAAAACUCAUUCUUUUAUUUUGGUUUGGGUUCCAUUUAUCUCCUUCUCUGCGUCGGGUGAAUCCUGCAAGAUCUUCAUUGGGGCGAGGAAAUGUCGUGCCCUUCAUCCCAUGCCAUGCCCUGCCUCGGUGGCAGCCAGUCCUGCUUCCCUGCAACAUUGAUUGACCUCAGCACUAAGAAUAUUUGCUAUGUGCUCGGUGCGUGGGAGGCUGGGAAGCAUUUGGUUUCCCUCGCUUUCCACAGCAGGCUGAACCAGAGUGCUGGACGAGGGAACCGAGGCAGUGAUCCUGCAGAGCAGGGGCAGAUCUGUGCUUGGGCAGAGCUGUGCACAGCUCCGAGCUGCUCUGCUUCCAAUGGUGCUUGGGCAGAAAGGCGAAGGGAGAAACCUCAGCUCUACCUGGCAGUGGCAUUUUGGAAACGAUGCUCCAUUUCUCAUGUAACACUCUGUUGAAAGACCACAUCCAGGAAAUGCUUUUAUCAGAUCGUUGUAACAGGCAGUGUGAUAACCAGCAUGAGCCUUUUGUGGCUGAGAGCAGAAGUCAGUACAGAAAGUAGCAGAAGAUUGGUUUCACUCUCGGCCAUUUCUCCAUGUCACAGAGGGAAUUCAAGGUACAAUAAUACUCCUUCGUUUGUACGGAGCCCUUCACAUCUUGAAACUGUGGAAAGCAGGCUGGACGAGAAGAAAGAUGUCAAGAAUGGAGAAGAAAAGGGAAAAGAAGCUCCUGCCAAAGACCUGGCCAGGAAACGCGAUACAGGAGUGGGGAAAGACCCUAAGAAGGAAGAAAGUGCCCAAAAGAUGGAGCCGAAAACUAAAGGGGAGGCUGAGAGCAAAACCAAGGACAGGAAAGCCAUCAAUGACAAGGUGAAGGCCAUGGAAAACAAGCUGAUGGGCAAAGACAAGAAGGAGGAAGGGAAGGGUCCAAUAGCAAAGAAGGGUGCGGAGAAGGACAAAAAGGAAGAAAGGGGCUCAGCAUUAAAGAAGGAUGUGGGGAAAGAUAAACAGGAGGAGGAAAAGGGCUCAGCGCUGAAGAAGGCUGCAGGGAAGGAUAAAAAGGAGGAAGAGAAGGGCUCAGCAGCAAAGAAAGAGACAGAGAAGGACAAAAAGGAAGAAGAAAAGAAGUCGGCAUUGAAGAAGGGCACAGAGAAGGACAAAAAGGAGGAAGAGAAGAGCUCGGAAUCAAAGAAAGAGGCAGAAAAGAACAAGAAAGGUGAAGAGAAGAAAGACAAAGAUAAAAAAGAAGAGGAAAAGAGCUCCGCUUCGAAAAAACCCAAGGCAGAUGAGAAGGAGAAACCGCAGCCCAAGGUGGCAGCAGAGGGGAAGGAGGAGCCCAAGGCGGCAGCGCAGAGCAGCUCCACGGCCGCCCCCAGCAGCGCCCCGGAGCAGCCCAAGGAGGACGAGGCCUCGAGCAUCUUCGACGAGCUCAUCGAGAAGGUGAAGAACAACGACGCCGAGGUCACCGAGGUGAACGUGAACAACUCGGACUGCAUCAACAACGAGACCUUGGUGCGCUUCACCGAGGCGCUGGAGUUCAACACCGUGGUCAAGCUGUUUGCGUUGGCCAACACCCGCGCCGACGACCACGUGGCUUUCGCCAUCGCCAUCAUGCUGAAGUCCAACAAGGUGCUGACCAGCAUCAACCUGGACUCCAACCACAUCACGGGGAAAGGCAUCCUGGCCAUUUUCCGGGCGCUGCUGCAGAACGACACGCUGACGGAGCUGCGCUUCCACAACCAGCGGCACAUUUGCGGGGGCAAAACGGAGAUGGAGAUCGCCAAGCUGCUGAAGGAGAACACCACGCUGCUCAAGCUGGGCUACCACUUCGAGCUGGCCGGGCCCCGCAUGACCGUCACCAACCUGCUGAGCCGCAACAUGGACAGGCAGAGGCAGAAGCGCCUCCAGGAGCAGAAGCUGGCGCAGGAGCGCGGCGAGAAGAAGGAUCUGCUGGAGGUGCCCAAGGCCGGAGCCCCGAAGGGGUCCCCCAAGGGAUCCCCUCAGCCGUCCCCAAAAGCGUCCCCCAAAAACUCUCCCAAGAAGGGGGGAGCCCCCGCCGCGCCACCCCCCCCUCCUCCUCCCCUCGCCCCGCCGCUGAUCAACGAGAAUCUGAGGAACUCGCUGUCGCCGGCCACGCAGAGGAAGAUGGGGGACCGGGUGCCCAUGCAGGAGAAGAGCUCACGAGAUCAACUGCUGGCGGCCAUCCGCUCCAGCAACCUCAAACAGCUCAAGAAGGUGGAACUACCAAAGCUGCUGCAGUAGGGAGAGAGACGCUCGCCUUCCUCGUGACUCUCGCCGUGAUGAGCCCUUGGGGACCCUGCAGUGACCGACGCCGAGGAGCAGCGAUCUCUCUGGGACUGAUGGAGGAAGGGCCGGGCCCGAGGAGGGCCGGCGUGGUUGUUGGCCACGGCGCGUGAGAAAGACCUCGUAUUUAUUGUUUGUACAGUUGUGAUCCCUCAAGCUCUUUCUGUUGCCAGCACCGUGCCCCGCACUGCUUGGGGACGCUGAGGAGGGAUGGGGAGGGAUUGGCUGAGUGUCCGCUGCCACAUCCCACCCCAAUGCAGGGAAAGGGGCAGAAGGGAGGUGACAACGGGGCUGGGGGUGCCACGGGGCCAGGGGUGCACUGAGGGGCUGCAUCCCCCAGCCCCAUCCAGCCUGAGGCGAGCAGAUGGGGACAGGCGGGUCAUGGGGACGUGGCCAUGGUGUGUGUCCCCAUGGGGUCCCCGCGUGGCCAGGAGGGUGAUGGGGUGAACAUUGGGUGGUGUAGGGGUGGGAUUUGGGAAGAGCUGGAGCAGGAGAGGGGGACACAGCUGGGGGUGACCCCAGGGCUGUCCCACCACCCCUGCAGGACAUGACCUGACCUCUCUUAGCAGACAUUUGUCUCCAUGCAGGGACUGAGUGAUCCAUGGAACUUUGGGGGGGGAUAGCAGCAAGGGAUAACACUGUCACCUGUAGUGUCACCCACAGUGUCACUCCACCAACCACGGGCAUACGUUUGGGGCCGCAGUGCCUGCCCUGGUGCAAAGCCUCGCUCGUGGUCUGUACACCGCGGCCACCGCAUCGGCAAUAAAGCUUCACCCAACGCUUCA